AUGCCUGCAAUGCCAAUGAUGCAGCGUCGGCACCAUCCCAUGAGAAUUAAGUCGAAGAAAGCCAAGAGAUCGAGUUUCGACGGAGCGUACAGAUUCCCCCAGUGGCAGAACUCGCCGCCGUCGAUCGACGCACCAAGCCCGGAUGAGAUAUUCGGUCGGGCGCAGGAGAAGAGCUUAGGUCGCUCAGAGGACACGAAGAAACGCCAGAGCGUCAUUGACGUUGCUGAUAUGGACAUCGACGGGUACCCGGAGUACAUGCGCGCGCCGUCGCCGAGCACUUUACCCGCGCCGCCUCUGGACUGGGGCCGCUCUUGUAGCGAGAAUACGAAGAUCGACAUCCAAACGUUGAAUGAGGAAUUGAAGAAGUUCGUUCGCGAUGCGUUGUCGCCCACCACCUCGACGUCGACGUCCUGGUCCCAGCACGGCACCUAUUCGUACAUCAACAACGUGCCAUCGAAGACGCCCGACUUCAUGCGCACGCCAUCCCCAAGCUGCCUCCCGGCGCCUUCAUUCGACUGGCCCAGCAACGAGCAGUACGUCACGCUGAACUCGGGAUUCAGUCCAGCGACUUCGAGUGCGGGAUCGGAGGGGAGCGUUUCUGUGCUCGUUACGAGCGCUGUUGGUGGAGCGCAGGUCGUGUGCCCGAGGCCGUCGCGGGUGAUCGAUGUGGAGGGCUGGAAUGUGCCGGCUCUCGCGCAGAGCGCUCACUGA